AUGCGCAACAAACGCCGAGUCUUCCUUUCGAUACAACAUCGCAAUUCUCUCUCUGUCGGAGAGAACAGGCAGCGGCUGGGCUAUGCCGCAUACCACUGGGGAAUUCUCAUUUGCCCCAAAAGGUCAAAGGCGUCAAGUUGCUAUUUUUUCGACGUGAGCGACGGAGUGCUCCUCGAAGAUUCACCGAACAGAGUCAAUCUUAACCCAGAAUUCAACUGGCUCUUUCGAGAGAAACAAAUCAGUGUUCCUACUACGAGCGCCCGUCUUCUCGGAAUGGUCAUGAUCGGAAAGGUCAUGAUCGGAAAGGUCCCGAAUGAGGUGACCUGGGAGCAAAUCCGCGGUCUUCUCGCGGCGGUUCAAGUUCCUAAAAAUAAUGCUGUGCCGGAGCAAAACUGCGUCAGCUGA